AGGCCUGCCACGGGCGGCUCCCGCGAGCGGCCGGCGAAGUUAUGUGGGGCAGCUGUCGGCCGGCGCCCUGGGUGGGGCCUAUUUAGCCGGCGGGGGCACGAGGCGGGGGGACCCUGAGCUGGUCUCUCUGCCCCCAGGGCUUCUGCCCCGCCGGCCCCACGGCUCCGAGCUCCCCCAGGGGGCCCCCCAGCCCCGCCAUGAUGGCCGAGGAGCACACGGACCUGGAGGCGCAGAUGGUCAAGGACAUCCACUGCAAGGAGAUCGACCUGGUGAACCGGGACCCCAAGAACAUCAACGAGGACAUCGUCAAGGUGGAUUUCGAAGACGUGAUCGCAGAGCCCGUGGGCACCUACAGCUUCGACGGGGUGUGGAAAGUGAGCUACACCACCUUCACCGUGUCCAAGUACUGGUGCUACCGCCUGCUGUCCACGCUGCUGGGCGUCCCGCUGGCCCUGCUCUGGGGCUUCCUGUUCGCCUGCAUCUCCUUCUGCCACAUCUGGGCCGUGGUGCCAUGCAUCAAGAGCUACCUGAUCGAGAUCCAGUGCAUCAGCCACAUCUACUCGCUCUGCAUCCGCACCUUCUGCAACCCGCUCUUCGCCGCCCUGGGCCAGAUGUGCAGCAGCAUCAAGGUGCUGCUGCGCAAGGAGGUGUGAGCCGGGGGCGUGGCCAGGCCUGGCCCCGCCCCCACGCGGCUUGCUCUUCAGGGACGGCUCCGUUCCCCCGAGGCAGGGGCACCCUGUGUAGAGGAGCCGGGAAGAAGACGGCCCGGCCCGGGGGGCACAGUGGCCCCUUCCUCCCUCCUCUCCCACCACACCUGCCCCCAUCCUGCCCCCACGCGCCAGGCUGAUGGGAGCUCCUGGUUAAGAGGCAGCUACUGCAAGUCUGCAUCCACUUGCACUGUGACGACACAAACCAGCCCAGGCUCCCUGGGGUCAGCCUGCCCACGUGUGCCAGCAAAGCCACCAGCGACUGCCGGCCAGAGAGGGGGGCGCCAAUAAAGGGUUUCUGCCACA